AUGGCAACCCACACAGAAUCAUACGCAACACUACCAUCAGCACGACAAAGCAAAAUGAAAAUCGAUGCCUUACUGAACCCAGGCGACGGAGACAUCUCUCCACGCUCCCAGCACGCCUCAAUCCCAAACCGCCACAGCUACCAUCAACCCUCACCAACCUUCCCCCCAAGCCCAAACUACUGGUACAACCGAAGCUACCACGACACCAGUCCAGGCGCACUAUCCAAUGUCACAGCAACAACCCAGAGCAGCAGCACCAACAGCCACGUAAACCCGGGCCCAUCCCAAAUGUUUUUCAGCUACCGGCCCUCGGGCACCAACCGCGCCAGCGCAAGCACAAACCAAAGCUCGCUGUCCGCCCCCUCCUCGCCAGACCCCUACCAUCCCCGCGAGCGCUACUCAAGCGUCUCAAGCUCCUCCUCGACUAACGGCGACCGUCGCCGUCCUCCUCGGCCAAAGUACGAGGAAGAGGAAAUGUACUUCAUCUGGUACCACCGCGUCGAUCUGUGUCAGGAGUGGAAGGAGGUCCGCGAGGCUUUCAAUCGUCAAUUCCCUAACCGCCAGAGACGCGGAUUCCAGGGUAUCCAGUGCAAGUUUUACCGCUUCAUCAAGGAGAAGAAGUGUCCCACUCUGCGGGAGCAGAGGCGCAUGCGGGAUGGCGAGUUCCUGAGGGAGGGUGCUUCUGCUUCCAUGGGGGAUCAUGGGGCUGCGCCGAAGUUUGGCGUUAGGGAAUAUACUAAUGUUUGGUAUCCUUGGAUGAAGGAUGGGGAUGUUGCGUUGCGACGGAUGUGA